AUAUAUUGAUAAACUGAUAUCAAACAAUCUACAUUUGUAAUAUAACCGAUCUACAUUUACCAUCAAUAUAUUUGUUGAAAUAAUAUAUUGAUAGAAGAUCAAUUAAAAGUUGGAAUUAUGGAAAAAGAAAAUGGAGACGAUAUAACAACUCUCAAAUGUACCAGAACAGGAAGUUACACAGACGAUAACUUUAACGCGCCCAAUAUAUUGAUUUAAUGAUUGCAAAUAUUUAAACUAGUCGUACAUGUAAUCAAAUUUAUUUGUCGAACGGAUAUUACUAUUAGGAGGAUCAAACGUUGAAAAUAUGGCAGAAGAAAAUGGAGAGGAUGUGAUACCCAAAUACUUUACCGAGACAGGACAUUGCACAGACGAGAUUAAACUAUUGUUUGAUGAUGGACAAGUAUUAUUCGUCUCUGAAAAUCUACUGACAUAUGCUUCUCCAGUAUUCAAAGCUAUGUUUGAUCAUAAUUUUAUAGAGAAGAAAGACCGUGAAGUGAAGUUAGCUGGAAAGAAAUAUGACGACUUUAAAGAAUUUUUGCUUUGUCUACAUCCGGCAGUUCAAAAGGAAAUUUCACAUAGCAAUGCUUUGUGUUUAGCGUUGAUAGCUGAAGAAUAUCAAGUGCCAAUUUUAAUUACAAGAUGUAAAAAAGUCAUGUGUGGUUGGUUACGCAUGAGCCUCAAGGAAGAUAAUUAUAUUUAUGAUAGUGACAAUGAUCUUCGCAAACACGCUGCUAAUUGCCUUUUAAUCUUGCAUAAAGCUCUUGAAUGUAGGUAUGCAGAUGUCGCCGAUGAAGCUAUCUCAAGUGUUUGCAAGUUUGGUUACGGUGUUUUCAGUGGGAGACUUAGACUAAACACUAAUUUGACCGGUGGAUCAAUGGUUUCGGGUCGGACUGGAAGAACAUGCUACAUUACAGCUGCUGAUAAAGAUGUUGAAAAAUCAGAAUGUUAUGAUUUAUUUGAAGACCUUCCUGAAGACAUUAAAUACAAAUUACUGACCGAAAGACUCAUUGUAUGUGAUAGUAACAACAUGAUGUAAAUUGAAUAGCAUAAUAACAUUUAAUGAUACAUAUAAUACAUGUAUAUGCAAACACAUUUAAAUUAAUAUGAAUUUAUUACAGAAUUAAAAGUAUGUUUCAAAUUAAUAUAAAAAAGUCAUAAAGUCGUUUAGUAUGCAAUGUUUAAGUUCAUUUCUUUGAUUGUGAAUCAAAAUAAGUAAGAUAAGUAGUGACAAAACAUAGUGGAUUGUCUUUGAAUCUGCGAAUAAAGCCUCUAUUUAAAAAACUGCUACUUUUAUACUUGCAAUGUUUCGAUCUUUGUAAAAAAAAUGUAGAUAUCUUGUGAAGACGCUCGAACCAUACAUAUUAACUUGGUAGCUAGGAUACGUGUGUCUUACUGGUAAAUAACACCUAGAAUUAAUUAAUUCCUAAAAUAACACGACAUUUCGGUCAAUUCAAAAUACAUAUUCUAGCAAAAAGAGAAGAGAGAACAUCAUUAAGCAAAGCAAAUCAAAAACAUUUUCAGGCAUUUUUCAGGCGAUAAUUUGACCUAUGAGAAGAAAAUGUGAUAAGACAGUCCAAGCCCUACUGAAACUUUCAGUAAUGUCAAAACCCUCGCGGGGACGUUACCACAUGUAUUUACAUGUAUGUGUGUACGAGAAUAACUACACGUGGUAUUGAGUUCGAUUACCUUGCAGUACUCAAGGAAACCGGCUUCUUGGCACGACCCUGCACACAUUGCAAUUUAAAAGGAUGCACGCAGGUAUUUUGUAAUACCAAGGAGUUAGAAAGCAAAGAGAUAAAAAGUGAAACAGUGCUAGACAGUUUUAAUAAAAAUUGUUUGAUAAUAUCAAAAAUCAAUGCAAAAAAAUAGAAACUGUUCACCUUCCGUAGGAUGCGAAUACUGUUCUUUCCAAAAGGGUACUGGAACGCUAAAGUUACAAAAAUAUAUCGGAAAAUCUGAACUCGACCUGGAAGACAUACUUAACAAGAAGUUAAAUUUUCUUUGGAUGCCUAAAAAAUAACGAUGCAGAAUCUGAAGGUAUCAGAAUGUAUUUAAUAGAGGGAGAGAAACUUCAAGAAUACGAGUUUAUCAACUACAAAGUCUCAAACAUACGACUUUGUCAUUGAACGCCGCCUUUCCUUGAUGAUCUUGUUUAAUAUCAUAUAUUUUACUACAUUUCACUGGCUGAGAGGAGAAAUGACGGAGAAAUGUUUAGUCACGUGAAUCCAGACACAGAAUACAAUAUGAUAAACAAGAUCAUCAAGGAAAGGCGGCGUUCAAUGAACACAGUGAAACCACUUAUGUCUGAUAGGACUCCAAUAGAGCCUUGACUUGAAAUUGAAUUAGAUUUCAAUCCGAUUCUGGAACUUGAGCCAGAUUCACCAAACAGCGAACUAAAUUUUAAGUGCCCUCAGAAAGUAUUUCUGUUUCCUAAACAAGGAUAAAGGGACGAAUGUAAAGGUUGGAGAAUAUCAACGUAUGACACAGAAUUGUCCAUCAUGCAAACAACAACUCACAAUCACAGACAAGUCUUUAUGGUUUUGAAAUUUAUUUUAGAGCAAAUAAAUGGCGGCAUUGCAGGACAUAUAAGUUCCUUUUACCUUAAAACAGGCAUUUUUCAUCACAUUAGAGACUGCGAUAGCAAAAGCCUGGAACCAACGGUUAACGAAUGUGUUAUAACAGUUCUUAACUUUUUAUCUGAAAAGUUCAAUUGUCAAAACCUGCCGAACUUUGUUUCAGGUGCUAACCUUAUAAAAACAAGUGAAUACUUGUCGGUCCCAAAGUUCCCAGAAUUUGCAAAAAGCCAUUGUGAAUGCUUAGCGCAUGUUCUUAAAGUCGUGAGCGAUUAUUUUCUUAAAGUCGUGAGCGAUUAUUUAAGCGCAAAAAACACGGCGACAUAGAAACAAUUGUUAAUGAUAAAGCGGAUUUUAGCGGAUAUUUCAGUAGUUGAACACAGAACUUCACAACUGUUCAUAGAAAAGUUUGAGAAGUGCAUGCGUGAGUGACUAUGUGUUAUUAUGAUAAACAUGUUAAUUGCGCUACAAGAAAACAACUAAGAACACAAAUACAUAAAACAUUUAACUGUUGACAAGUCAUGCACAUAAGUUCUAACGGCUAGAAGCACAAAAACACUACUUUGUAUUUUCAUUGUUUGCAUGAACGUAAAUUAUUUUGUUCUUUUAAUGAAAAUCUCAUUUACUAUUCAAUUGUUGGUUAAAUGAGCUAUCUCGUUAAAUAAAGUCAUACCUGACAUGUUUGGACGGAUAAAAUAAAAAGUACCCUCCGUUUUUUACAUUGGAUAUCAAUGGCAUAGAAAAAACAGCACAUGACGUUUGGAUAUUUUUUUACUAUCAUACAGAUUAUGUCAAUAGGCGCCAUUUUUUUGUUAUUGGUAAUGUCUGACUGAUUUUAAUUGUAGUUGCAGAACGCAAUGCUAAAAAGACAUCAUUAGUAAACAUUUCACUCUCUUGAAAAUAUUUUUAAAAAAACGCCCACUUUUUGAUACAAUUAAACAUAGUCCAUAUUCAUUAUAAACUAUUGAGCAUUAAAAAUAUGCUGUAUCAUAUAAAGCAAGUAACAUUUCAAAGGCUACAUAAUAUUCCUGUAUUUUGCUUUGACUUUUCAUGAGGAACGUAAAUGACAAAUGCGAUAACAAUGUGCUUGUAACAUAUGUCGACAAAAUGAUAACAUGCAAGACUGUUAGGUAAUUAACAUAAUAUUUCCUUCACAUAAAACUUGAAAAGGCGCAUAUUGUUCAUCAAAUUUCACAUAUCCAUUGUAGAUAUACUACCACUAUAAAGAAGAAAUAUAUUACAUACUAUUUUCUCCAUGUGUAUAUGAAUACUUUGUAAAUGUUUUAUUAUCAUGAUUUUGUUUUAUUUAUUAACGUAUUAUGUCCAUCUUGCAUAGGUGCUUGAUAUACUUAGUGCCAUUAGUGAAAUCAGAAUUACACAAGGCAGUAAGAAUAUGACCCGAACCAAAGUACAAAUGUAAUGUAAAACUCAAUCUUUACCUAUGUUGUCAAAAUAUAUGAUAUUAUAGUGUAAUAAAAUCUAUAAAACGUU